AUGGACCAAUUACGAAAACAAAUGGCAUCAGUAAGGCCUGGUGAUUCCAGGGACUCUGGCAAAACUAUUAAAGAUUUAAUUGAAAAAUCUCACAAUUUACCAUCAUCUUCCUCAGAUUUAGGCCAUAUAGAAUUGAGUUUAAAUGAAAUCAGGAAAAGAGCACAUACCUUGAGACCAGACUCCGCACAAUCUGCAGACUUGAAAAACGCACAUUAUUUGUUGGCUGGCAGUGGUUUAAUUAUUGGUGAUGUUGAUUCUUCUUUUAAAGAUUUAAGAUCAAAACAAACCUUAGAUGAAAAUUUAAAUGGUAGCAGAAGAGUUCUAGAUGAAAGUUAUUCUCAUCCAAAUCAAAGUGAAAGUAUCUUGUCAUCUAUUGAACAGAUCUUAUCAAUUGCAACCAAAGAAUUUGAUAAUUCUUUGAAUGCCAAUUUAAAUUUAGAUUGGACACAACAUGAACAAGAUGUGUUAGAUAACUUUGAAUUAAUUCAAUCAAAGGAGCAAGCUCAUAGAUAUAUAGGCUCAGAUACUUCUUCUGCUAGUAGAACUAAAAGGCUAAAGUUGAAAUUAUUGAAAAGUGGGACUGGCAUUACCAAAAUUAAUGUUAAUGAAAAAUUUACUUCAAGAGAGCUCUUUGAAAAAUAUGCAAAUAUAAUUUAUGAAUUUAAUUGUGCUAGACAAUCUGGGAAAGAUUAUUCACUUUUAGAAAAUUAUUUUAAUAUGCUGUCAAUCGGACCUGAAUUACUCGUAAAGCAAUUUAAAGAGUCUUGGAAAGUUCUGGAAUACAGUAAAAACACUACUUCAAUUGAAAAAUCCUCUAGAAAAUACCUCGAAUUACAGUUUUGGACUUACGUUGAAGAGCUAACCAAGAAUACCAAGGAUGAUUCAAAAGUUGAAAAGGUUAAAUUUUUUAUAAACCAUAGACUAAAAGAUACUACUGGGAACUGGAAAUUUGCCAACCUUGUAUUAAUAGAUAAUACUCCAAUAUGGGCAGUUAUAUUUUAUCUUCUGAGAUCUGGUCUAACACAAGAAGCAUUAGAUAUGGCGGUACAAAACAAAAAUAAUUUCAAGAAAGUGGAACAAUCGUUUUUAACUUAUUUUAAAGCUUAUGCAGCAUCGGAUGAUGGAUUAUUACCAGUUGAAUUUGCCACCAGGUUGUCUACGGAGUAUAACCAACAUAUUAAAAGUUCAAUGGAUGGUGAUCCCUUCCGAUUAGCUGUUUACAACAUCGUAGGCAGAUGUUACUUACCAAAGAAAACUAUCCCUACUGUCGCAUCAAGUAUUGAAGAUUGGCUAUGGUUACAUUUAAGAUUAAUUACAGAUAAGACUCUAUCUAACGAAUCUGUAUAUGAAAGAUAUACCUUAGAAGAUUUCCAAAAUUUAAUCCUCUCGCAUGGACCUGAUAGAUAUUCCGAUAACUAUCUCUCAAUUUUAUUGUUAAGUGGAUUAUUUGAUAAUGCAAUCCAAUAUGCUUAUUCCAUUUGCCCAAUCAAUGCAUUUCAUAUGACAGUAGCUCUCUAUUGGUAUAAGUUUAUUAAAAAUUCUAAUUCAUCAAUUUCGCCUAAGACGAAUUCUUAUAAUGGCAUUGAAUUCCCAAUAAGCUUCAGCAAUUUGUUAGGCAAUUAUGUCAAUUCUUUCAUACAUUCAGAUACUCGUAUAGCCGCAGAAUAUAUUGCGUUACUUUCUAUUAAUACUGACACAACUCAAAAAGAUAUUUGCCACUCGGCUUUAAGAGAGCUAAUAUUAGAAUCGAAAGAUUUUACUGCAUUAUUAGGUAAGAUUGGUAGAGAUGGUUCACACAUUCAAGGUGUAAUUGAAGAACGAAAACCACUAUUGUUUUUAAAUGAAUCUCAAACAUUCUUGUCAGAAGUAAUUAAAGAAGCAGUUCAAAUUGCCGAAUUAGAUGAAAGAAUAUCUGAUUGCUUACUAUUAUAUCAAAUUAUGGAAGAUUAUAAUACAACUAUUAGCAUUGCUUCUACGCUCUUAGCUGACUUACUAUAUUCAACAAGUAUCGAACAACAAUUGAUUAGUAAAGAAGAUAAUUCUGAAACAAACCCUAUUUUAAUAGCACAGAGAUUAAUCCAGCUUUAUUCCAGCAACCCAGCUAUAUUAUCCAAAAUCUCUCCAAAUAAAAUGGAUGAAUGUUCUAAGUUGUUAAAAAUAAGUGAGGCCAGAGGUUAUUAUAUUACAAAUAAUUGGAUUAAAUGUCUUUCUGUUAUUAAAGAGGUAGACCUUUUACCAUUUGAUCCUAUAAUAUCUGCAAGAGAGAAGGCAACUGAGUAUAACUGUCUAGAACGAAAUAUAUCGAAGAAUAUUCCAAACCUAUUAAUUUUAUCUAUGCGUUGUAUACUUCAAGUUGUAGUUGAUUUAAAGCAAUCACAUCAAAAAACUGCUGAACAACAAGAAAUGCUAUUCUCUUACAUUGGUUUGGCUAAAAGAAUAAUGGUCUAUGCCGGUAUUCUUCAAUAUAAAAUGCCAAGGGAAACUUAUUCAAUGCUAAUGAAAUUAGAUGUUGCAUUAUAA